ACAAUAAAUUACUGGUCAAGAUCCGCCAUUUAUACUUGAUUCUUCACAAACUUAGUUUAUACCAUGUCUGCAGUUCCUAAUCAUGCUGGAUCCUGGCGAUCCUUAGAAAUACCUUUGAAUGACACAAUUUUAGCCACUUUAGAUAAUAUGGGCUUUGAAACCAUGACACCUGUUCAAGCGGGCGCUAUUCCGCUGUUUAUGAAAAAUAAGGAUGUUGUUGUCGAAGCUGUAACAGGUUCCGGUAAAACACUCUCCUUCGUUAUUCCGAUUCUUGAAAAGCUAUUGAGACGAGAAGAACCUCUUAAGAACUAUGAAAUUGGCGCUAUCAUCAUUACACCUACUCGAGAGUUGGCACAGCAAAUUCAUUCUGUUUGCCAGACUUUUGUCGAUGAGUUUGACGAUGAAAAGCAAGAAGAGAUUCAAUCUGGACUAUUUAUUGGUGGAUCCAACUCAAUUAUCGACGAUAUCAAAUCAUUCAAGGAACAGCAUCCACGUAUUUUGAUCGGUACGCCUGGUCGUUUGGACGAAUUACUAAGAGCUGGACAACACUUGGUCAAUACAAAAGAGUUGGAAGUUUUAGUGAUGGACGAGGCCGAUCGGCUGUUGGAUAUGGGAUUUUCAAAGCAGCUUAACAGCAUUAUUGCACAGCUUCCCAAACAGCGACGUACGGGUCUCUUUUCUGCUACAAUGACAGAUGCUAUUUCAGAGUUGGUACGUGCAGGCCUUCGUAAUCCUGUACGUAUUGUGGUGAAAGUAGAGGAUUUGGCAAACAAAGGAGAAGUACAACGUACACCUACGACUCUGGAUAUUGAUUAUGUUGUCUGCGAUGCUGAUCAGAAACUAUUACAAAUGACACGUAUCUUAUUAAGUGAAUUACAAAAUGAAGAAGAUGGAGCUCGUAAAUUUAUUGUCUAUUUCGCCACGUGUGCCAUGGUCGAUUACUUUUAUAAAAUUCUCAGUAGAUUACCACAACUCAAACCCUUCUCCUUUCACUCAUUACAUGGACAAAUGGACACCAAGCGUCGAUCACUGACCUACACCAGUUUUACGGAAUUAUCGCCUGCCAUACCUGCCGUUCUAUUAUGCACAGAUGUCGCUUCGAGAGGAUUGGAUAUUUCAGAUUUAGACUAUGUGAUACAAGUCGACCCACCACAAGACCCCAAGGCUUUCUCUCAUCGCUGUGGGCGUGCAGGACGUGCAGGACGAAAGGGUCAUGCUACAGUGAUUUUAGUGAGAGGAAGAGAAGAGCUUUACAUUGAUUUGUUAAAACUGAGAAAAAUACCCAUACAACGCAAACCAUACAUCAUGCCUGAUUUGACGGUCUUUGACAAUAGCGUGCAGCGUGACAAUAGUAAGCAUGAGAUGGAAGUGGACGAAAAGGCAACUUCAGUAAAGGUCGAAGAUGAGGAAGUGAUGCCAUUCAUUCAAUCCAUACGAGCGAUUGUCAAAACAGAUAGAGAUAUCAGCGAUCGAUCGUUGAAAGCAUUUGUAUCUUGGGCUCGUUCCUACUCAAAACAUGAAGCCAGCUAUAUCUUUAGAAUUAAAGAUAUUGAUCUGUGUCAAUUGGCAAUGGGGUUCGGUCUGUUAAAGCUGCCCAAAAUGCCUGAACUUAAGACACAGUUGUCGUCGGAGGGCGCGACGAAUAAGUUUGUGGAAGAAGAGAUCAACUGGGAUACAUUUAAGUAUCUCGAUAAACAGAGAGAAGCGAAACGUUUGAGAGAAUUGAAAGAGUAUCAGGAAAAAGGACCUCAACAGAAAGCUAACAGUCAUCAGCCGAAAAAGAAGUCUGUCGCUUGGUCGGAGAAGCAGGAAGCACAAAAACGAAAGCAAGUACGAAAAGAGAAGAAGCAAGCAAAGAAAGAGUAUCUGAAAAGAAAAGCAGAAGAAGAAGCAGAGAACAAAAAGCGACAAAUGGAAGAAGACGUGGAUGAAUGGGAAGAGUUGGCUAAAGAAGAAAGAAUGUUCAAAAAGGUUAAAAAGGGCAAAUUAGAUAAAGACACAUUUGAUGAGAUGUUUGAUGAAUAAGUCCAUACUGUUAUUGAAGAUGAUUUAUGUAUUAUAGUUUUUUUAACAUUGCAGUUUUACGCGUUCUUACAUUUAUAUAUUAUGUAUAAUAAAGGAUCUGUACAUAGGAUUAGCUAAGAUAGGAAUCAGCGAAAUCUACCACACUGGAUGAGCAAUCACUUGAUCAAUGAUGGCGUUAAAAAUCUCUUUUCGUUGCUUUAUGUCAUCUACUGGUUUUAAUGCAAUUCCCAACAAUAGCGGUCGCUUUUCUUGUGGAUUCAUGGCUGCAAUAGCUUGAAUAAUUGAAGUGGAAUACAACAUAUAUAGGUCGCACUGCUCGCCAAUUGAUUCACCCAUGAGCACUUGACUUGUCGUAGGUAU